AUGAGUCAAAGGACGACAUCUUCAAGGUAUGUGCCUCCAACUCCGCACACCAAACCUCCAGCCUAUGGAAAUCGCUCGUCUUAUAAUACGCCAGCAUCUCCGCCUUAUUCACCCCCAUCGGAGCUGCUACCCUCGUAUUCUCCUGCAGUGGAGUUGUUUGGUACCUGUCUCUGGAAGAAUGAGUAUCUUACCCCAUUUAACGAAAGCAAUAAACGGUCAUGGGAUUUGGUAGUGUUGGAGGUCAAUAGCACCCAAGUUAACGUUUACCAGAUUACUUCGAUAUCUCGUAAAUUACGUUCUUGCAUUUUUGGACUUUUCUUUGAGCUAAACAAAAUUGGGCUACAACAAAAUCAUCAAUAUCCCAAUUCAGUGCCUACUCAACACCAGCAACAACAAACAAAUGCAAGUUGUGAUUCAGAUGAUAUUUAUGACGAAGAAGAUUUAUCUUAUGAUGAUGCCUGGGGGAAUUCUGGUGAAGAUUCCACUAAUGGAGAUUCCUUAGCUCUGAAAUUAAGAGCAAAAUUAUAUAAAUAUAAACAUCAUGCCCAGUUAAAUAAGUUGGAUAUGUUUUACAAAAGUGAUUUAUCUGAUAAUAAGUUACUUUUGGAACCUACACUGGAUAGAAGUCGGUUCGAGAAGUUUCAAAAAGAUUACACUCUUAAAUUGAUUGGUUCAUUUACUUUCCAUCAAAUGGCUUUAGGUAUCGCUCCAAAUAUUCAUAGCUGCAAAAUGACGGAUAAUGCCACUCAUAAUCUUAUUGAUUCAAUAACACAUGUCAAAUAUACCAAUACCUUGAGAAUAAGGUUGGAAACCCGUCAAGCUUUAAUUCAAUGCUGGUCUUUCCAUGCUUUGGUACAAUGGUAUCGAGCAUUUAUUGUGGGUAGAGACUUAGCUUCUCCUAUUGAAACCAGAGCUUUAUCGAAAUUCAAGAGUAUUCCUACUCGGAGUAAUCUGUUGUUGAAUGCCACUAUUGUGGAAGCUCACAUAGGAAGCCGGUAUUCCGAGAAAAUAGAACAACCACGGGAACAACCACAAGCCGGUACUACUAGUACUAGUGCUACACCUAAUAUCAGUUCGGGUCGUGGAAGAGCUGAAUCGACUUCAGAUGGUAGUAUUGCAACGUCGGAUGUAUCGUCUGUGGCCUCAUCAGCCUCAAUAUUUGAUGAUGAAGCCACAAGUAUGAAUACACUCCCCACUAAUGUUGAUGAAGGCGGCGUAUCGUCUUAUUGUGUCACCAUCAAUAAAAUGCAAUUUGUCAACUACGAAAGUAAGUACACUUGUUUGGAGAAACAAUACAUUGAAUCAUGUCUUGGAGAAUUAAAGAUGUUUGAAAAUUGGUCAAAGAAAUGUCUUACGAUACUGAGUGUCAAUCUGUUUUAUGAAUUCUGUACACCCUUUGCUGAUGAUGAUGCAUUACUAUUCAUUAGUCAUAGUGUGUUGGAUACAAACGUGACUCUUUUGGAGCGAAGGAUGCUUCAAGACCCUAACAAAACAAGAAUGUGCCGUUCAUUUGUGGUUGAUCGUAGUGGGUUAGUUAGUGUGGUACGAACUUUCUAG